ACUGGUCAGGAAAUCUCUGCUUAAAGAUAAGGGGAACAUUCUUGUCAGAACGGGUGCAUCGUCUCGGUCAGACCCGCUUCAAAUAAGCACAGCUCAAAUUUAACGCUCGAGCAGCUCUCGAUAAAAGCCGUGGAUUUCGAAAUCCGCUAUUACGCAGGGUUACUUGCGGGCACUCCAGACAUCUCAGAUAAGCAAUGACGGUUCAGAAGUGUGAAAUUUAGAAUUCUCGCAGUACAUGUGGCUCCCUCUAGUUGAAGUUCACACAAUAAAAUGAUUUGGAGGAUUCUUGAAUGAGUGAGGGUUGAGCGUAAGAGAGGCAGUUUCUUUUAAACCCCGCCCCCUUCUAAUGGCCAUGCCUUCCUUUUUUGUUUGUAAAGAUCAUUUAAAUAAGAUGAUCACAGUAUAAGACGGAGAUCAUAGUAGUGUGGAUAGCCAUACGCAUGCAUUUUGAUCACCGUCUGCUUAAUUUGCAUGUAAAGGACACGAAUACACGAUGGUGAGAAUGCCUCCCAGUGGUUAAAUCUGUGAGUAGAGCUUGACGAUUAUUUGGCACAAUCUCAUCAUCGGCGGCGGCGGCUGCUCUUCAGAUGUUCCUCAGAAUGGGAUCGCUUCAGGAGCACUGAGGUUCGAUGGCUGUUUUAACCGAUGCGAUCUUCACCCCAGGAGUCGGCAUCGGAGUAUUCAAAGUAAUUUAUUCGACCAAUACCCGCAACCUUUUUCUCUUAUGGGGAUCGGAGAGUUUCGCACUAAAACAGCCCGAUCUGUUACCUUAGGGAUGCGGAGAUCUCCAGAUGUGAGCCCGAGACGGCUGUCCGAUAUCAGCCCCCAACUGCGCCAGCUAAAAUACCUGGUGGUGGACGAGUCCAUUAAAGAGGAUCUGAAAUCUUCCCGGUCAGUGGAGGACAUCAGCACUGCUUCUGUCGGGCUAACUUCCAUUGAAGAGAGGAUUUUGAGGAUAACGGGGUACUACGGCUACCAGCCUUGGAGCGCUGUUUACAGCAGAGAUGAACAUCCUCGUGAAAGUCUGGCACCAGCUGAAGCCCAAGUCCCUGCUGCCACUGAGGGAGGGAGGAGAAUGACGCGCUGUUGCAUUAAGCUAUCUGCCGUUCAAGUAAGAAAAAUCUGCUGGGGAGUUGCAGUCAUGCUUUGUGUAUGUUCAACUUGGGCAGGAUCCACGCAGCUUGCGAAGUUCACUUUCAAGAGAUUUGAUGCCCCAUUCACUCUGACUUGGUUUGCUACAAACUGGAACAUCUUAUUUUUCCCCCUCUACUAUGUAGGCCACCUUUACAAAUCAACAGAAAAGCAGACUCCAAAGCAGAAAUACAGGGAAUGCUGUCGAUUUUUUGGUGAAGAUGGCUUGACCGUGAAGAUUUUCUUCAUGAAGGUUGCUCCAUUUGGCAUUCUUUGGACAUUAACAAAUUAUCUUUAUUUAAUUGCACUACGGAAAAUAAACACGACGGACGUGUCAACUCUUUUCUGCUGCAACAAAGCAUUUGUAUUUUUACUAUCAUGGAUUGUUCUGAGGGACAGGUUCAUGGGAGUCAGGAUAGUUGCAGCUAUACUAGCCAUUGCAGGAAUUGUGAUGAUGACUUAUGCGGAUGGAUUUCAUAGCCAUUCGGUUAUUGGCAUUGCUCUAGUUGUGGCUUCAGCAUCAAUGUCAGCUUUAUAUAAGGUUUUGUUUAAACUCAUACUGGGCAGUGCCAAGUUUGGCGAAGCAGCACUUUUUCUUACUCUCCUUGGAGGCGUCAACUUUGUUUUUAUCAGCUUUGUCCCAGUUAUAUUGUACUUCACCAAACUGGAAUACUUUGGCCCUUUUGACGCCAUCCCCUGGGGCAACCUCUGUGGAGUUUCUAUUUUGCUACUUACUUUUAACAUCCUAGUAAAUUUUGGCAUUGCGAUCACAUACCCCACCUUGAUUUCUCUUGGAAUUAUGCUAAGUGUUCCUGCAAAUGCUGUCGCUGAUCACUAUACCAGUAAAAUAAGCUUCAACAGUGUUCGAGUUAUAGCCGUGCUUAUAAUUUCUUUGGGGUUUCUGUUGCUGCUCUUGCCAGAGGAGUGGGACGAGUGGAUUAUAAAACUGAUGACGCGUCUCAAAGUUCGCAAAAAAGAAGAUCUCCCUGAAGGCAGCGGUGAAGCCGGACAGGGCCUGAACUGGACCCGGAGAGCACGAUCUUCAAUGUCCAAUUUUGCUCAUUGAUGUUUGUGUCUCAGAAAAAUGUCACAUGGAACUAAUGAAACGAAGACAAAGCAAAGUGUGUGUGUGCAAAUGUAUAUCCUUUCUUAUUAAAUAAGCAAAAAAGCACAGGUAUUGUUUAUGCUGUAUAUUACUGUACAGUUUUUAUAUCAUAUGAAAUCGUUAAGUGUACAGCAUGAAUUUGCCUACAAUUACAUUGAUGAGCACUGAGCCUUUAAAUUGGUGUUGAAAAAAUAGGCGGAAUGCAUUUACACUUUUUAACUUUAGAAUAAUCAAUCAAAAUACCUAAAGAAAAGGAGAAGUUGCCAAAAAAAAUCAAUGUUCACCCUUAUAGCAAUAUCAAUAUGUGUAUAUAUUUAAUAUUUGUCUUAAAAGCAGGAAUCAUGACUACUGCUAGAACUGAUGGAAUCUUUGGCAUCUUGCAGGUUCUGCUGGGAAUUCUGUUUCAGAAAUACUGUUAGAUUUCUUUAUUGAUAUUUUUUGUCUCAGCAGAUUUCAUGAGUAUUGUAUACAUACACACAGACUCAGUGGCCAUUUUAUUAGGUCCGCCUGUUUGUUCACGCCUCCAGACAGCUAAUCAUGUGGCUGCAAUACAAUAAGUAAAUCAUGCAAAUGUGGUCAAGAGAUUUUAGCUAAAUGUUCAAAUGGAGAAGUCAAACUUAGACAUUUUCUAAGUGACUUUGACUUUGGUUGGAUCGUCGCUGCCAGAUAUGGUUGUUCCAGCAUUCCAGACAGACGCCCUGGUAUUAUUUUCACUCAUUUCAGUCCUUUGAAUUUACAGAGAAUGUUGUGAUAAAUAAAAACAUCCAGUGAACAACAUUUUUGUAUAUCAAAAUACCAUAUUAAUGUGAGAGGUCAGAGGAGAAAGUAUAGACAUGCUCAAGCUAAUAGAAACAUCUCGUAUUUUCCAAUAACAGCUUUUUACCACGUUGUUGUGUGAAGGGAUAUCUCUAAAUGUACAUCUUCUCAGACCUUGAUGACCACGUCAGGUUUUACUACUGUCAGCUAGGAACAGGAAAAUGAGGUCACGGAGGGCAUGUGAUCACCAAAACUGGAUGACUGAAGAUUGGAAAGAUGUCGCAAAAUCUGGCAAUUUUUCAUUUUUGCUAUAAUACGCAGUUUGUAGAUCAGACCUUGGCAUUCUACCUUAUAUCCACACCACACCACAUACUAAUGCCAAUGGAGUAUGGGAGUGGAUGAUAUAGCCAAAAAUCCAUAUCAUGGUAUAUUUAAAAAUUCUGGUGGUGUUGGUAGAUACCAAUAUAAUGUAUUUCUGUGUACUUUGCAAAUUGAAACACAUUUUUUAAAACAUCCAAAUUAUGCAAUCUGAUGUAACACUUACCUGUCACAGAUUCAAUAGCAGAUAUUCACCUCUCCAAACCCAACAAAUGUACAGCUUUUUUUUCUAACCAGUUCACUCCUUCAGUCACUCAUGCCACUGCCACUGUGACCACUGCCAAACACAGGGCAAGACUCCACUUCUGGGUAAUACACUUAAAGGGUUCAGCUCACUUAUUACACGCAGGUCAUGUACACAAUGACCUUUUUGGACAUGGAUACACUGACACAAGUCAUAAUAAACUGUUUCCUUGUACAUGUUUUCUGUUUAAACAUUUGUGCAAAUUUUUGCUAGUUUUUAGCAUACUGAUAAAAAAUGUUUAUGAAAUCCUCACAAGAAGAAGAAAUUCAUCUGGUAAAACAAAAGAAGCAGUAUAUUGCCCACUCCGUUUUGUUUUUACAAGAAGAAAAUAACAUUUCAUACAAUCAAAUCAAACUUAUACAACACAUACCUUCAUAGUCAAACUAGACAAAAAAGAUGAAAAGAAAAAAAAAAUCAGAAAGUUAAAAAAGAGCAGGAAUGAAAUGAGACAAAACCUAAUAAAACAGAAAUCAGCCCACCCAAUGUACUGUAUAUCUCCCACUCCUAGUGAGCAUCAUUUGAGUGUGGCCAGUGUUAGGGGAAACAUGUUAAAAGUAUCGUGCAUUAUGUAGUUAGAUUAAUUUUUAAAGUAAGAGGUAACCUAACUUAAUACUUCAUUUAUUGAUGUAACAAUGAUUGGAAAUAAAAAUUAUGCUUUACUAUCAAAUCUUAUUCCAGCCACUCCAAAAAACCCAAGUAAACAAAUUAUUACGUUACUUUGUGGAAGUGUUUGCUUUUCCCACAAAGACAUUGCGUGCAAGCUGUACAGGUGUCUGAAGGUUAAGCACAUACAUUGCGUGCAAUCAAUUGGAAAAAACUGAACAAAAAUUAUAAAUAUACAUUUAAUGCUGCAUGUGCUCAGGGGUUAAUUUAACCCACCCAGUUUAGGGAUACAGGGAGCUAAUAAUCAUGGCAUAAGCAUUGAAUGAAAGGCAAGAAGCAAACAUGGUGGAUGAUAUGCCAAUCCUUUGUAAGGGUUGGUCAUAUACCUAGGAAGAAAAGAGUGUGCUGUGCGCAAUCCACUAACAGAAACUUAUUAAUAAAGUGUCAGUUUAGUAUUAAUCCAGCUAUUUGCUAUUAAUAUGUGUUACAGUGUGAUCUAGCGGGGCAGUGGCCAGUGUUCAUACCACAAAACAUUUAGUGCUCACGUUGGAGAUGGAAAAGGGGAUUGAUUGUUAUUUACUGUUUCUAACGCAUUACAUUUUAUAACAAGUAACAAUAUAACAUAUAUAGUUACAUUUCUUUGUAAUUAAUGAUAUAGCUAUAUAGAGAUAAUAGAAUGUAAUAAUAUAGCUAAGUUACUUUUAGAAUUACCAUUCCUCCACACUGGUCACAACUUACCUCAGCAUUGCUUGCUCACAAUGAGUAUUUCUGUACAGCUACAAUCUACCUGUUUAUAAAUGUUCACUCCCAGAAGUGUAAUGCUCCAUGCCAUAAAACAAGCAUCAUCUUAAGCUGCUUCCACAAAUAUUAUAGUGACUUUAGUUUACUCCAGUGAUCUGCAAAGUCUGGUCAGAACGCAGUACAAAAUAGCAUCCUUGGGAUGAGAUUGGACUGUCUUAAAAAAUCUACAAGAACUGCAUGUAAGGAGUCAACAUGGACCAAAUCCCUUUGCGAUUUUCCAGCCCCAUGUUUUGAUUUCAGGAUGUUCUGGGGUAAACCUCCAGCACAAUGGAUAGAUGGACCUAAUAACAUGGCUACUGGGCGUUUAGCCAUUAAAUGUUUACUUAAGGAAAAUAUUGUCAAAAAGUAUAGUUUUUUUUCUGAAAUAUACAGAGCAGAAGAUAUAAACUUUAUAUGUUUUUGUUGCUGAAUAAGCAACAUAUUUUUGUGCAAGGUUGAAAUUCUCAGGCUGCAAAUAAAUCUAGAUCUUUCUGCUUUAGUUUGUUUAAAGCAAUAUAGCUCCAUCUAAUGGUGAUGCCAGUACAUGACACUAACUUGAUGCCAGAUUCCUGCAGAAAAAAAAAAUGGUAAGAGUAGAGGCAGAAGGACAAAUUCACACUGUGAUCAUAGAAAUGUCCUUUUUUAGCAGUACUGCAACUCGAAUUUAAUAUAGGUAAAAGUGUGAGGAUAAAAGGACUUCAUGUAAAAAUAAAUAUUAAAAUUUUUCUACCUUUUUUACUUCCUUUUCAUUCUAAGAAGGAUUUCUUUUUUUAUUUGUCACGGUGUCUUGAAUGUAUCAUUAUGGCUGUUCAAAGCACACCUUUCAUUUUAAACAAUGCAGACACGCAGCCUGUUUAUAUCAUUGGCAUAUUUUUAUAACUGUCAAUACAUUCGAUUUAACUCUUUCUGAUCUUUUUAUUGUGUUGGGUCGUUGUUCGUCGUCAGGUUUAAAUUGCAUACAAACUGUCAAAAGUGAGAUAAUUCUGCCUUCUUAUCUCCAAUACUGUUUCCCAUUGCUAUUUUAUAAUGGCAAUUAAAAACUAAUUAUUCUAUUCCUCUGGAAUUAUUGUUAGAUCUAAUGGUAAGCCUUUGUAAGGAACUAUUUAGAGCUUAUAAAAUUGAACACAAAUUUAGUAAUCAAUACCAUUUUUUCAGGAAUUGUUUCCUAAAUAGGUUUCUAUGGUCUGCAAUGGAAGAGAAGCUAGGUGGACCAAGCAGUUUAGCUAGUGCACUUUAAUUUUCAAGCUAGCUAUACAUGUAAGCGUUUAUUGGAUGUAUUCACAUAACCUGGAGCUCUUUUGAAUGUUUUUAAUACAAAUGUUAAAACUAAUAAAUGUAACAAGAAAUCUAAACUGAUAUCGACGAGUACUAUAUAUGUGUUUUAAUUUUAAAACUUUGCAUUUGUUUGUUUUUUUUAACACAUAAUUGGUUUAAUCUACACCUCUCACCUGAGAGAAGGCCAUCUGUUCCUAAGGGAUGGGACUUCUGUGUUUACUGGCCUCGGUCUCUGGCCAUUACCUUUUAGCCGUUCGGUCAUUUUAGAUUGUAAUGGAGGCACAUCAUCAUUUGUGCUUCAAUCAUUUUUUUAAGUGUGAAAAUGUUAACAAGAAUGUAACUAUAACUAUAUCAAAAAUGGAAGGUGAUGUACCAGAUAUAUGCCAAAUAUUGGUGAUCUGUUAUUUUAUUUUAUUUUUUCUACGCUUUUGAUUCACAAUCAUUGCUAUCACCAAAGAAGCCUAUGCAUUUGUAUAUCUGACCAUUUGUCCAUCCAGUUUUUAUGUUUCAUGAACUCUAAUUGCACUGUGUAAGUUUUCAAUUUUUUUAUGGUUUGUUUUAUUUCUUUGGUCUGGAUUACACACAAAAGAAGGUGUAACUGUGUUCCCAAAGGAGCCGCCAUUUUGUAGUGUCUUGUGUGCUUACUGAAGGACAGGUAAUUCAGACACUAGCAUUAUUUAUUAAAAAAUUAAAAACUGUAUUGCUACUGAUUUUUUUACUGCUGCGGUGUUGCAAAAAUUAUCUACAGACUGGUGGUUCUUUGCUUUUUGGUGCAGUCAGCCUUGAAAAUCUUUCAAACAUUAUAUUGCAUUUGGAAAUGUAAACUUCACUUCUUCAUUAUUCUUAGUGGGAACUUUUUUAUGUUUUACUUGCACUGUUCAAAAAUAAAACACCUUGAUGAUUCA